CACGAGUUGCAAAUUGCAAAUAGAAUAGAAGGUGAGAAAAAAAAAAGAAUAUUAAGAUUUCGCUGAAAACAAUGAAUAGUUUGUUCUCAGUUGACGAUUUCUCCGACCUUCUCUGGGCGGCGUCAGCUUCAGGCGCGGCGGCUGGGAUGAACCGAAGCCAAUCGGAAUGGGCGUUGGAGAAGUUUCUAGAAGAAUUCUCCGGUGCGGGUGUGGCGAUCCCGGGGUCACGUGCAGGCGAGAAUUUGAAUGGUCCGUCCUCCGCGGCACCUCAGCCGUCUGAUUCGAAAUCUGAAAAUGUUGAAGGGGAUGGUAGCGUGGUGGAGAUCAAAGAGCUUAAUAAUCAUAAUCCUCCGGCGUCUGAUUCGACGCCGAUUGUCCCGAUUGACUCCGAUGAGUACAUCGCGAUCCUAAAGAACAAGCUCCAUCAAGCCUGCGCUGCCGUUGCUCUCUCUCGUGCGUCGUCUGUGAAGGCGGAAAGUUCGUCUGGCAAAGCUGAAAACCAAGCGAUUCAAUCGGGAUCAGACGUUCGAGGGUCCUCAAAGACACAUGAACAGGGCGAACCUGAUACUGGUAUUUCAGCUGUUUCAACAACACAAAAGAAUUCAAGGACACAAGGGAGGCAAACCACAAGUGGGUCAUCAAGAGAAGAUUCAGAUGAUGGUGAACUUGAAGGAGAUACUGAAACCACUGAAAACAUGGAUCCGGCUGAUGCAAAGCGUGCAAGGAGAAUGCGGUCAAAUAGAGAAUCAGCUAGACGCUCUAGAAGAAGAAAGCAAGCACAUAUGAAUGAACUUGAAGCACAGGUUGCUCAAUUAAGAGUUGAACAUUCCACAUUACUCAAGAAUCUAACUGACAUGAAUCACAAGUAUGAUGAAGCUGCUGUUGACAAUAGAAUUCUGAAGGCUGAUAUUGAGACGUUAAGAGCAAAGGUGAAGAUGGCCGAGGAAACAGUUAAGCGAGUGACUGGGAUCAACCCUUGUAGUAUAUCUCGGCCCAAUGUACCUAGUGUAGUCAUGCCUUUCGUUAGCAAUCCAGUGGAAGCAUCCACAGGUUCGGUGGCAAUGCAGCCAAAUACUAAUCAGUUAUUUCACCAACCAGUUCCUAGCAUUGCUGCUACCGUACAUCACCCGAGACUGGACAACAGUUUUGGAAGCAACAAUCUGGUUUCUCCUAUUGUGAAUCCACAGACGGAAAUAGGAGUGAAAAAUGUUAUUGAGCCAUCUGAAUUGCAGCACACGCCUAGUGGUGUGCAAAACCAGAUUUGUCCUGGUGCAAGUCCAUGCGUGCCCAUUCCUGGCUGGGAACCCGGUCUACCCCAUUCGGCUGCCAAGAACAAGAAGCAAAGUUGAAUUUCACUGCGCUUCCUGUUGUCAUUGAGAUAGGGAUUCAGAACUUAUAAACAUAUUGGUUAUAUCUGUUCAUGGGGAUUAAUCAUUCAAACUGCAUUUUUAUGAGAUCAUCGUCUGCAUUGACCGUCAUAUCAUCUGUCAUCAUAACAUUGACUAG